UCUUCUGCCCCAUCCUUUCAUUUGCCAGGGGUUUAACAUCUCAACAAUGGCUUCAUCGCUGACCUACGCGAUAUAUCUUCUUUUGAGCAUCCAGAGCACAUCAGCCUUCCAGGUGACCCUGCGAGAUGAGUCCUGGAUCGUCGUGGCCCUCGAGCCGUCGGACCUGAGGGACAACGUGACGGCGUACGCUGCCCGCGUGUCCGGCGAGCCUCGCACCUACCUGCUGCCCUUCCUGAGCCAGAGCCAGAACCAGAGCCAGAGCCAGAGCCAGAGCCUGAGCCAGAUUGAGCCACUGCUUUUCAACGCCUCCUACCACGGACUGGCCUACACCGUCGGCCUGCUGCUGGGGAACGGCACCGCCUGGUCCAAACCGGUCAAGACCAGAACCAUCCUCACAAAGCCUCUACCCCUGGACAGUGUGGUAAUCUCAGAUUACAAGGUGUCCCCUGAGACGGGGGUGGUGUUUGAGAUUAGCUCGCCCGAGAGGAACGUCUUCAGCCGGGUGAACAUCAGCUUCACAGAGGGCCGGGAGCAGCGCUACAUGCUGUAUAAAGACUUCUCCAAGGGAAAAACAGUGUUUAAACACUGGCUACCGGGAACCUGUUACAGCAACAUCACGUUCCAGCUCAUCUCCGAGGCGACGGCCAAUAAGAGCACGCUGGUCCGCAAGAGCGAAGUGAGCCAUGAGCCACGCCAUCACAGAACAGUGCCCAACCCCCCACUGAACAUCUCGCUCAAGGUCGUGCACCUCAAUGGGAAGGUGCUGCGGGGGAGCCUGCUGAAGGACGGCUUGUCGGAGGCCGGUGAGCAGCAGCAGCAGCAGCAGCAGGAGCAGGAGCAGCACCAGUACUUGACCAAACCACGCAAGGCCCGUGACGUGCCCCUGCUGGACGAGCAGGAGCAGGACGCGCCAGCUGACCACACGGACGGCUACACCGACUCGAAUGGCGUCGGCGUCACAGACGCUGCCACGGACGCUGCCACGGACGCUGCCACGGACGCCGUCACCGACGGCAACACGAACGGCAACGGCAACGAGACGUCGUCGGAGGCGGUCACGCAGUUCUAUUGGCCGGAGCCCACGGGAAGCCCCUCCCCGACGGAGGAGGAGUUUGUGAACGCGGUGGUGCCCGAGUACGAGGACUCCAACGAGCCGGGCUCGGCCAUGGACCUGCCCCGGGAGGCGGACAUCUCCCCCACCCCACUGCCCCCCAUCCUGCUGGAGCUGCGCUGGCUGCCCCCCCGGCCCCCCACCACCUUCGACGGCUUCAACAUCUACGUCUACCGGGAUGGGAACUCUACUGAAACAGCCACGGUGGACGAGAACACUCACGAGUUCUUCACUGAGCUGACGGAACCGGGAACGUACCGCGUGCAGGUGUCGACUCUCAGCUCCUCCGGAGACUGUGAGGCUCGGGAAAGCAUGGCUGACACGGGAUUCACCUUCUACCUCAGCCCCAGUGGCAAGUGGCUGGAGCAGCCGAGGGAGCGUCCGCAUUCCGUCUACGUGCGCAUGCGAGCUACGAGCUCCAGCACGGCGGCGGUCAGCUGGGCGCCCUCCGCCGAGAGCCACGACGGCAGCCUGGUGUCCGUGCUGUCCCUCACCUGCCUCAAGCCCAGCCUCAGCCAGCGCAUGGAGAACACCUACUGCUCGGAGGAGAACAUCACUAGUGAUGUCAUCACCAACCUGAUGCCAGGUGCACAGUACAGGGUGGUGGUGUACCACACCAACGGCCCUCUCAUCAGCCCGCCCUCUGAGCCAGUCAUCAUCGACAUCGAGCCAACGGGAGUGCGGGACUUGGUGGUGUAUCCGCUCAGCCCCACGGCGGUCAUCCUGAGCUGGCAGAGGCCGUACCACGUGGCCUUCCGCAAGUACGUGCUGCAGACGUUCUUCUUCAACCCCGACGCGCUGGUGUCGGAGUGGACCACCUACUACGAGAUCGCCGCCACCGCUUCCGUCAUCGCCUCUGUGAGAGUCACUGACCUGCUGCCAGCCUGGUACUACAACUUCCGCGUUUCCAUGGUGACCUGGGGCGACCCGCCCCACAGCUGCUGCGACAGCUCCACGGUGAACUUCGUCACAGCUCCAGAGGCUCCGCAUAUCUCGUCAGUGGACUACUCUCACGGUCAGCUGUAUGUGCGCUGGACAUACGGUGACCUCUUCACCGACCUCUCCCACUCCAGAAUGCUGCACUGGCAGGUCGUGGCCGAGGGCAAAAAGGGCUCCAGGAAACGCUUCUCCACCGACGUGACGCGCACCAUGAUGAAGACCACAAUGGCACUGCCCCCGGGGGACAUUUACAACCUGACGGUCACCGCCUGCACCGAGCGCGGACGCAACACCUCCAUGCCCCACAUCAUCAAGCUGGAACCGGCGCCACCGAAGUCCCUGUAUGCCGUUAACGCCACGCACACGGCCGUAACGCUCCUCUGGAGCGAGGAGGGGGUCGUGGACUUCUACCAGAUCUUCUGCAAGCCACUCCGACCCAACAAAGAACUCAAGGCCAGAGAGCCCCAGACAUCCCACUCGCAUGUGGCCACAGUGGUGGGACUGCAGCCGGCUUCCUCUUAUAACUGCAGCGUGAUCGGGAUCAGCUACAGCACGCCCAGCGAGCCCGCCUACAUCACCAUCACCACUCUGGCGAGGGAGAUGAACCCCAGCGUGGCAGCUAUCUCGGCUCUGGCCGUCUUGAGCCUGCUCCUCAUCAGUCUGCUGGUGCUAUUCCUGCUGGUGCUGCGCAAGAAACACAUGCAAAUGACCAGGGAGUGUGGCGCGGAGACGUUUGUGAAUUUCGCCUCGUUCGAGAGGGAUGGCAAGAUGCCCUAUAACUGGAGCAAGACUGCAUUAAAGAAAAGGAAACUAACAAGUCCUGUGCAGCUGGACGACUUUGAUGCCUACAUCAAAGACAUGAGCAAAGACUCGGCCUACAAGUUCUCCCUGCAGUUUGAGGAGCUGAAAAGUGUGGGGUUGGAUCUUUCUCAUGACGCUGCUGAUCUCCCUGUAAACAGGCCCAAAAAUCGUUACACUAACAUCCUGCCCUAUGAUUUCAGCCGAGUCAAACUUAUCUCCAUGCACAGUGACGAAGGCUUAGACUACAUCAACGCCAACUACAUACCAGGCUACAACUCUCCGCGGGAGUACAUCGCCACUCAGGGCCCGCUGCCAGAGACGCGCAACGACUUCUGGAAGAUGGUGCUGCAGCAGAAGUCCCACAUCGUCGUCAUGCUCACCCAGUGUAACGAGCGCAGGAGGGUAAAGUGUGACCACUACUGGCCCUUCACGGACGAGCCGGUCGCCUACGGAGAGAUCACAGUGGAGAUGCUCUCUGAGUCGGAGUCAGCCGACUGGACAGUGAGGAACUUCAGACUGAACUACGCUGACGAGAGUCAGGAUCUGCUGCACCUGAACUACACGUCCUGGCCCGACCACGGAGUCCCCACGGUCAACGCCAUCGAGAACAUCCUGCAGUUCGUGCAGAUCGUCAGGCAACAGGUGAACAGGACCAAAGGGCCCAUCAUUGUCCACUGCAGUGCUGGCGUGGGUCGGACCGGAACGUUCAUCGCUCUGGACCGUCUGAUGCAGCACAUACGCGAGCACGAGUUUGCUGACGUCCUGGGCCUGGUGUCAGAGAUGCGCUCUCACCGCCUCUCCAUGGUGCAGACAGAGGAGCAGUACGUGUUCAUUCACCAGUGUGUCCUGCUGAUGUGGAAAAAGAAGAAACAGCAGUCAGUCACCAGCGACGUGAUUUACGAGAACGUCUCCAAGUCAUAAUCACUAGAAGCCCCACAAAUGUUGUGACCAUUCACUCUUUCUCUCCUCUCCUUCCUGGCGUCUGUGCACUGCCGAGUAAAUCAGCGAAAUCUUCAACAGCGGAAAAACCAAAUGAGAAAGAGACAGAUAAAAAAAAUAAAGACGACAACCCACAACAAAACAAAACAGCCACCACUAGAACAACAGAGGAAGACAAAAAAACGGAUGCCAUGGCUAUGUGUUAUAAAAAAAAUUCUCUGGUGCAAGCAUGGAAUGAAACAAUGCCUUAACGAGCCUUCACCAACUUAAAAAUCGACAAACCUUCCACACCUGGAACCCGACCCAACCCAACCCAACCCAACUCCCACACCCCGCCUCCACCUGUGUCGUUCGCCUCAUGCGCUUUGGACGCACAGACCCAGAGAGGCGACUCACAGACAAAGGCCCACUGAAGAGUGGAGCAGACCCGAGUGAUGGCCUGCCCCCUCCUGGGAGGGAAAGUGAAGCGCUGCUCCCUCUGGUGGUCAAACAGCAGAACUGCAAGUCAGGCCAGCAGCUGCCUGGUCAAGCAUAUCGUUUUAGAGUUUUUCUGUUGAUCUCAGGAGUAGUCAACCCCCAAGCCCCCCUCCCCACCCCACCA